AUGUACCUCGACCUGUACUCGCAUCGCUUUACCACGUCUCCACCAUCAAUCUUUUCCACCCAUAUUCAUACAUUUCACAAGAUGGCUACCGCAGAACAGAAGAAGUUCGUCUCGCAGAUCGACGCCAACAAGGCUGCUCUCAUCGACCGCCUCGCCGAGGCCGUCUCGAUCCCCUCGGUAUCUGGUGAUGCCAACUACCGCAAGGCCUGCUUCGAUAUGGCCGACUGGCUGCUCGCCGAGCUCAAGAAGCUCGGUGCCACCGCUGAGCUCAAGCCACUUGGCAAGCAGAACCUCGAUGGUAAAGAGAUCGAGCUGCCUCCCGUCAUCCUCGGUGACCUGGGCAAGGACCCCAAGAAGAAGACCAUCCUCGUCUACGGUCACUUUGACGUCCAGCCUGCUCUCAAGUCGGACGGCUGGGACACCGAGCCUUUCAAGCUGAUCACCGACGAGAAGACCGGUCGCAUGUAUGGUCGUGGCUCCACCGAUGACAAGGGUCCCAUCCUUGGUUGGCUUAACGCCAUCGAGGCUCACCAGCAGGCCGGCAUCGACCUUCCCGUGAACCUCAAGUUCUGCUUCGAAGGUAUGGAGGAGAGCGGCAGUGUCGGCUUGGACGAGCUCAUCGCCGCUGAGAAGGACUCCUUCUUCCAGGGCGUCGACGCUGUCUGCAUCUCGGACAACUACUGGCUGGGUACCAAGAAGCCCUGUCUCACCCACGGUCUGCGUGGUAUCGCCUACUUCAAGCUCGCCAUCUCGGGCCCCGCUCGCGACUUGCACUCGGGUGUCUUCGGUGGUGUGGUGCACGAGCCCAUGACCGACCUGUUCACCAUCAUGUCCAAGCUGGUCACCGCCAAGGGCGAGAUCCUCGUACCCGGUAUCAAGGAGCUCGUUGCGCCCUUGACCGACGAGGAGCGCAAGCGAUACGACGUCAUGGACUUUGUGCUCAGCGACAUCGAGGGUGCCACCGGAAGCAAGACCACCGUCAGCGAUGACAAGGCCGCCGUCCUCAUGGGUCGCAUGCGAUACCCCUGUCUCUCGCUCCACGGCAUUGAAGGAGCCUUUUCAGAACCCGGUACCAAGACCGUGAUCCCCGCCAAGGUGAUUGGCAAGUUUUCGCUUCGUCUGGUCCCCGACAUGACCCCCGACAAGGUCAACGAGCUGGUCACCAAGUACGUCAACGACGAAUUUGCCAAGAUCGGCAGCAAGAACACCAUGACCAUCACCAGCGAGCACGGCGGUAAGCCAUGGCUCGCCGACCCCAACCACUGGAACUACGAGGCUGCCAUCAAGGCCACCGAGACCAUCUACGGCGUCAAGCCCGACUUGACCCGCGAAGGUGGCUCGAUCCCCGUCACGCUCACCUUUGCCGACCUGCUGCAGAAGAACGUGCUGUUGCUUCCCAUGGGCAGGAGCGACGACGGCGCUCACUCGAUCAACGAGAAGCUCGACAUCUCCAACUACAUCGAGGGUACCAAGCUGCUCGGUCUCUACCUGCACGAGGUUGCUGCCACCGCCUAG